AUGCCCCGUGCGCCUGUGGCUGCGUCCCGACUAUGCUCGUGUCGUUCGCAUGGAUGCGGGAGACAUUCCUCGGGAUCAAAGCCACAACAGCCUAGGACAUUCCGUCGACACCGAGAAGCUGACGAGCUCCUCUACGCCAAGGAAGGAGCUCGUCUAACAGCGGCUGAGGCCACAAAUGAACAUGUCCCGCACGUGGACGGAAGUGAACACGGGGAUACAUUCGACGCGGACGACUACGCAUAUGACAACGGAUUUGAGGCGCAUGACGAGGGCUUUUCGGAUGAGUUUCAGGAUGACCACGCCAAGGAAGACGGGGGUGAACCUUUGCAGCAUCGAGGUUAUGAGCAAAACCUUCUCUUCGGCGACAAUCAUAAUCCCACCCUUGACGAAGAUGACGAUACACCUCCCAGCGAUGACGAGUUCUUUACACGACUCGUGCGUGCUCGUACGCCUCCAGCUAGCCCUGAGGGCUCCGAAGACGAAGACGAAGAAGCAGCACAACCUGAAGAGAACCAAGAGAAUGAGGCACACGACCCUGCCCAGGACAAACUCGACAACACGUUCAAAAUAACCCUAGACGAACUCUACGAUUUUUCUGACGUGCAAGAUGUCCUUCAGCCCUACAACCACGAUGAACUCCCACAGGCUUUUGACGAUCAUCCCGCCAUUCGGAACGCGUACAUCCGUGCAUUUGUCCUAGUCGUCUGCGAAGGCAUAUGUCGCAUUACAACACCCCGAAGAUGA